UCAUUCGUAGCGGGCUUUAUAACGGAGUCGGCGUGGACAGCGAGCCAUCCACGCCGCCGCCGCCGCCAUGUCGCCGCUUGCUUGCUGUCUGGUCGCUCUCGCAGCGCUGUUCGCCGUAUCCGACGCAAAUAUGAUUAACCCUUUUUGCAGCAGUGUAUCAUUAGGUGAAUCAAUGGUGCAUGAGGUUACAUUUAAUAUGAACGUUUCUGGUGGUGAUGUCUUCAUCCCUAAUAAAUGCCCGGAAGAUCACGACCUAAAGGGUCAAGACCUCAACGUAUGCAACAUCCCCAAUUCGAUGCCCGAGGUUCACACUUUUACGAUCGGUAAACACCCGUUCGAGAAAGUGUACAUCGAUUGCCCCAAUAACACCCGGGGCUGCUCGAGCCUUGAACUGCAAGUCACACAGUAUUGCGAGGUCCCUCCGAUUGGAUAAAGGGUAAAAUUGGAUUUUUACCAAUAAUUCAACGAAAGGUUUAUUUUGAAUUUAAAAAAAGUGAUUUGGUUACAUGCUCCACUUUUGGCAUUGUGGUGACAAAAUUAUUUAUUUAUAAUCUGGUAAUAGUUUAAUAUUUGUUUCAAUAUUUUUCGGCGCGUGGCAAUUAA